CACUCUCAAAGACUCUUCCAUUUCGAAUCAUCAAUCUUUCAAUUUCUAUUGCAAGAUGUUCUUCGCAAUCCUGAAGUAAUCUCACAAACCCUUAUUCCAUACCCAUUUUCUCACUGUUUCAUCUACUCUAAUCCCUCAAACAUUGUAUAUCUCUCAAGAAAGUUACUGUCUUGUUUCUUGAUUCGCCACUGGAAAGCUCAAAUCUCUGAGAAUGAUCUAACAACGAAGAAGAAGAAGAAGAAGCAAGAUAUCAUCGUAAGGUAAUUCCAAUCACUUUCUUCUACGGCGUUCCAACGUUUUAUCAAAAAUGCAAUUAGGGUUUUGUCGAAGAAAGAAUUGUGCUUUACUUUUGAACUAGAUUUCUGAUCUGACGAUUUGUGGGAUAAAUGAUACUGGAAUUUGAACAUGAGCGAUGGAGAUAAAGUGGUUAGUGUGACAAACGAUAGUAAGGGUGAAGAAAUCGCUUCAUUACGAAUUAAUGCAAACGAUUACAGUAGGGCAGUUUCGAAAAUCGCAAUUGCUCAGUUGUGUGAUAGUAUUGGAUUUCAGGGUUAUAGAGAAUCAGCUCUUGAAGCUUUAGAAGAUGUUGCAAUUCGUUACAUUCUUGACCUAGGAAAAACAUCGAAAUUUUAUGCUAAUGUAUCAGGUAGAACUGAUUGUAAUGUAGUUGAUAUUGUACAAGGGCUUGAAGAUUUAAGUUCAUCAACUGGGUUUACUGGUGCAUCAGAAAUUGGUCAUUCUUUUGCUAAUUCAGGCAUGCUUAAAGAGAUUAUAGAUUAUGUAGAAACAGUCGAUGAAAUUCCUUUCGCUCAGCCAUUGCAGAGAUUUCCUAUUAGUAGAAGUUGUAGAACCGCGCCAAGUUUUGAACAAUUGGGUGAGAUUCCUGUUUCCAAACAUAUCCCGUCUUGGUUACCUGCAUUUCCUGACCAACAUACUUAUAAAUCGACACCAAUAUGGUCUGAAAGACAAACAGAUCCUAGAGAGGAUAAAAUUGAGUUAGCCAGACAGAGAAGAAAAGCUGAAAGAUCAUUUCUUAGUUUGCAGCAGAGGCUGGUUACAGCUUCAAAAAAUGAAGAUGAAACUAAUAACAUGUUUCUUGCUGCUCCUCCGAUUGAAGAUGAAGAGAGAAACGGUGUUGGUGAUGAUUUGAGAAAUGUUUCGGCUUUGAACAUGUUUAUUCCUGCGAUUGAAGCAAUUAGUGGAGGGGAGAUUUGCGAAUCGGAAAGUAGGUGUCUUCCGAAUGUGAAGAUUAGGCAGCCUGUUAAGUUGAAGAUUAAAAUGGGUGAAAAGAUAUUAGGGAAAUCUGUUGAUUUGAGUAUUCAGAAGAAGAAAGGUUUGGCGAAAAUGGGAGGUUGGUUUCCGAGGGAUGAUGAGAAGGAUGAUAAGAAAAGGAGGGCUGAGUUAAUUCUCAGACAAUCAAUGGAGAAUCGUCAAGAACUGACUCAAUUGUAAAUCAGAGUUAAAAGUAAGUAAUUCAUAGUCCUAGUUGAAAAACGAUUCUUUUUCUUAGUUGCAUGUCUCGAUUUUUCUAUGAAUUUUCUAUGCAGACAAGAAUUUAGUAACUGAUAUUUUUCUUUAUCCCACUUUGAUUACAAUGGACAAAGCUUGUUUCUUGUUCUUGUUGUUGAAGUUGUUCAAUCUUGUGUUUA